UCUGCUCAAGGCGGGGCAAGACAAUCAGCAGAGUACGCAGAAGAAAUAAAAAACCAUUGCGAAAUUCCAUUUGUUUUUUUCAUCAGCGAGCAGCUGCGAGAGCGACGACCAGCUGAGGACACCGUGGAGGAUCCUCUACUCCGCCGGGCGCCGGCGACCUUCUUCCACUCCUCCCUCCCGUGCAGUUUUUCCAGAUCAUCGUCUGUAUUUAUUGUACCAAUGUGGUGCUUGCUACUGUCUCGGUCACUUCACAACAUAGCAUGCUGAUGCCCAAUGCUAAUGUGCCGUAGGUGGUUUGACUGUGACCUGGCCUGUACGAGCAGCUUGUGAUCGUUUGAUGCGCUGAGACCAUGAAGCAGAAAUCACAGGGGAUUUCUAGUGGCAUUUACAGAUACACGCACCGCUGCGAGAGUGGAGUUAAUAUUCAUGAUAUCUUUGUUGAGAGGAGCGCGUUCCGGGUGCUGUUUUCAUAUGUCGGUGCGACAUGUCUUCUUGCGAAUGUUUGCCGUACCUUGUUGUCAAAGGAGAGUUUAUGCCUUGGUUCCUUUUGGAGCGUUCCAUUUUCUGCUAUCAUCUCUAAAUGCUUGCAAUACAAUCCUGUGAAGAAAGAGUCAUUGGUGAUCAUGCCAGCUUUUGGUAUUCAGCUAGAACAACACUUUUGGAGUGGAAGAGUAGAUCGCAAGUUUGUGCCCAUCAGCAAGAUCCUACAGCCGGUGCUGAAUGAGUGCGUGACCCCUGUUACCUGCUACUGGAGCUUGGCAUUGCUUCUACGCGAUGAAGACGAGACCAUGCUCGUUUUUCAGAACCUGCAUCCACCCGUCAAACUGUUGCUCCCAAUCUGGAAAGCUCUGUGCGCAUUCACAAACACCGGCAGCAUUAGCCCUUCCGUGGUUCUUCGACAAGAUGAUUUGCACAAACAUGUUGAUCAAGAUGGUGCUGUGGACUCCUGAAUGUUCCCUGAAGACCUCUCUCUCUGCCGAGUGACAACAGGAUGUUCAGUUGUGUCACCACCAACUGAAGAUCAAUUGUCAAGUGGAGGAUUUUGGUGAUACCACCAGGGGUCUGAGCCUCUGACCCAUCCGGUCAGUCCGACCGAAUUAUUUCUCUUUAGCUGCAGAAGAAACUGAAUGCUCCACUUGUAACUUUGUCCUGGCCAUGUGGUAUUUCUGUCCACUGAAGGAGAUUCACAACAGAAUGUACCAUAAUGUUUUUUUUUUUCAGUUCCUAGUUGGGAGUCCAUGUUCUGGGGUGCAAAUGUAGUGACACUGUAAGGAUGGUCCAACUGCAGAUAAUAAAAUCUCGGACACUUGCAUGCAGUCA